CAGCAAGUUGGCAGCCCUGUCGGUGGCGUUAGUUAUAAACAAUCCCACUGUCAACAAUGGACGCGAGCACCAAAAUCUUAGUGGUAGGCGAUGUCCGGGGACGUUUCAAGCAACUUUUCCAGCGCGUGGAGCAGGUCAACAAAAAGGCGGGACCUUUCGAGAUCCUCUGUUGUGUCGGCGAUUUCUUUGGUGACGAAAAACAAAACGAGGAACUGAUAGCAUACAAAAAUGGAUUCAAGCACAUUACGGUACCUACCUAUGUUCUCGGGCCCAAUACAAAGGAACAUGCCAAACAUUACGAAGAUCUGACUGAUGGCGAAAUCUGCCCCAAUCUCACAUACCUGGGGACGAGAGGUGUUUACACAAUCAGCAGCGGGGUGAAAAUUGCUUAUUUAAGCGGUGUGGAAGCCACAGGAACUGGAGAUUCCGAGCAUGAGUUUACCAAGGAUGAUGUGAUAGCUGUUAGAAAUGCGUGUCUGGUCUCCAAGAAUUGCUCGACGGAAUAUCGUGGUGUGGAUGUCCUACUGACUUCCCAAUGGCCCUAUGGAAUGCAGGAAAAACAAAAUGCUUCUGCUUCAAAAUUAGUGUCCUUUCUUUGCCGGGAAAUAAAGCCGCGCUACCACUUUUGUGCCAUCAAUGGCACCCAUUAUGAGAGCGCGCCUUUUCGUAUGCCCAAGGAUGAGACCACCCAGUUCGAGCUGUGCACUCGUUUCAUUUCCUUGGCUGAAGUGGGCAAUGCCGAAAAGGCCAAGUAUAUUUAUGCUCUCAGCCUGAAACCUGUAGAUAAGUCACGCUUACUAGAUCUUGUCCAAAAGACAACCAAUGAAAUACCAUGUCCUUUCAUUGGCUUGGAUUUGGGAGGCGCCAUAGGCAAAAAUGAUUCGUCCGAAAGUCGCCAGUACUUCUAUGACAUGGAAUCUGGCAAUCGUAAGCGUCAUCAUGGUGAUCAGAACAAAAGAGACAAGCGACCAAAAAUACCUCAAAUUGAUCAAGAGAAAUGCUGGUUCUGUCUUUCCUCACCUGAUGUGGAAAGACAUCUUUUUAUUACUAUUGGUGAGCACUUUUAUCUGGCAUUGGCAAAAGGACCCAUAAACAAGUACCAUGUAAUGAUAUUGUCCACAAAGCAUGUGCCCUGCUCCGCACAGCUCAGCUCAGAGGAGUGGCAAGAGCUUGACAAGUUCAAGACGGCACUUAAAAAGUUCUUUAAAAGUCUCGGACAAGUUGUGUGCUUCACAGAGCGGCAUUACAAGUCGGUUCAUCUGCAGAUCAAUGCCUUGGCUUUCGAAGAAGGAUACGCGUGGAAGAUCAAGCAUAGCUUUGAGGACAAAGCUGAGGAAUUUAAUUUGGAAUUCGAAACAUUGCCUGCGCUGGAUUCUCCGAAAAUGCUCCCCGAAAUGGGGCCAUAUUUUGUAGCAGAACUGCCCGACGAUACUACUCUUAUUACGCGACAAAUGAAACAUUUUCCCAUUCAUUUUGCCAGAGACGUUUUCUGUUCGGAGAAUCUACUGAAUUGCGACGAGAAAGUUAAUUGGAAGGAAUGCCUUCUGGAAAGAGACGAGGAACUAUCAUACGUAGAAGAAUUCCAAAAGGUCUUUGGACCAUUCGACUUCACAGACAAUUAAGUAAAAAGAUUUCUUUGUGUAUAGUUAAAAUUUCAUGAUGGUUGUA